AUGGGGGUUGGUGAGGGGGAGGUCGCUGGUACGACGACGGAGCAUUGGGACGGAGUGAGCAGUAAUGGGAGCGUUAAGGAUGAUUAUGCGAACCUGGAGGACUACCUUCAGCGGCAGCCGGAUCUCGAGGCCCUGGACAUCGCGCCGGAUCUGCCAGACCAGCUCGCGAUGAUGGACAUGGAGGCGUUGUUGCCCAAGCUGCCGGCUAUCCCCGCGCCGCCGCCCACGCCGUUCAUGCGGAUGGGACAGAAGAUGGAGUCUGGGGUUUUCGGGACCCAGGCGCAGGUCGACGCGCUGUUGCAUUCGCAGCACACGAAGGAUGUGAAUUCCGUGGAUAUGUUUGUGCGGUGUACGAUGAGCGGGUCGGUGCAUCCGUCUGUGUAUGAUUCCCUGGAGACGGUGACGGUGGGGUUGCCGGGUGCGUGGGACCUCGCGAGUAGUAGGGCGGUGCUGCAUGCGAGUCAUCCGUAUAGUUGUAGCCAUGUGCUGUUGACGGAGGUGAAGAAGGAUGCGGAGACGAGGUUGGCGGUUGUGCCGCUCACGCUGGGGUUUAUUCCCUCUGCGGGUGUCUAUCUGCACUUGAUCGCUUCGAAGACGAGUCAGUUGCAGAAUUUGCUGCUGUAUGUCGAGCAGAGUCUCCAGAGGAUAAGGACGUUCUGGAAGCACUCGAUGGAUCUGCCGGGGAAGUUCAUGAGGAACAUCUCGGAGACGCUGGAGGAGAAGGGCCAGGGGAAUCUGGUGCAGAAUCUGUUCCAUCUGGCUUGUACGGGGCACUGUCCGGAUCUUGUACGAGAGUGGCUGGUGGACGAGUUGACGCAAGCGGGCAAUAAACGUUGGGAAAACACCGUCUCGUCAUCUCUCGCUACUAUCAUGCAACUCGUGCACGAGAGCUUGCUCCCCGCGCUGGAUCGGUGCUCGCUCACUAUUUCUCGGCUUCGCGGGCUCGCAGAGUACCACGAUGUGGGCUGGAUCUUCUCGGCGCCGACUUCUUCGUUCACAUCGCUCCUCACGCAGUUGCAGAACCUUCGACUGCUGGCGCACACGACGCUUCAUUACGUUGCGGACGAGAGGCGGCAGUUCCAAGCUUUCAAUAAAUGGCUCCACUUCGUCAUCGACCUCGAAGACACGGAGCCCGAGAGCCAGAGCAGAGCGGAGAUGCUGGCCAGGGACGCAGGCGUAGACACGGGGCUCGUGCUCGAAUACAUCGAGUACAGCCUCAGCAAAAGCGACACAGCGCCGUACCUCAGGCCGGAAGCGGAGCUCAGCAGUGCGCAGCGGGAGAUGGGUCCAGCGACCUACGAGGACACGAAGAAAGCGGUCGAGCUGCUGAAGGAGGGCGCUUCGUACAAGGAGGAGGCGCUGUGUCUGGAGCAUGUCUUCCGGCAUUUGAAUGCAGGGUGCACCCAGCUUUUCCAGCAGAUCUCGCAGUGGCAGGAGGCGAAUAUAAGUAUGGACUGUGGGGUUGUGCUCGAGUCGUCUGCGACUUCGCCGGAGGGUGACCAUGUCCCUCUUGAUAUGCGUAUGGUGUACGAUCCCACAUCCACACAACCCGACCAAAUCACGACCUACGUCGCCACGUCCUCCCCAACCCACCCUUCCCACCUACAACUCCACCGCCUAACCCACACCUCCACGAUAACCACCCUCCCGCAGUCCCUCCACGCCUACUCGACCUCCACGCUCGACUUCUCCCCCGCCACCAUCAUCGACGCCAAAUUCGCAGACGACAAGGCCCUCCUCAUCCUCCUCCAACUCCCCUUCUCCACAAACGACGACUCGGAAAACGUACUCAUCUCCCUCCCCUACGCCCUGCCCCCCUCAUCCCCUCCAAAAUCCACCCCUAAAUCAAACUCCCCCCCACAAUCAACGCCGAGGAUACAACACACCCCCUUCCCCGCCCCAUCAUAUGGUUCCCACCUCCUACCCACCGGCACACCACCGCCCCCCUCAUCACGCACCACAACCGUCUUCUCCCCCGCGGACGUCAGCUCCUUGACGCGCCACGUCUUCGACGCGCGGUUCGCCCCGCUCAAGCUCGUUGUUAAUGGUAGGGUCGGCCGGCGCGUCGUCCUGGUGCUGGGCAGUGAUAGGAAACACUACCGCGUUUUGGAUCUGGACUUUGGGGAGGG